GUCCCGCUGUACCUCUAGGGUUUUGUGUCAUUAGAUUAUUUUCACCGAUUUAGGGUUUCAACUUCACAAAUUUCUCUCUCACCCACUGAAAGUCCACAGCUUGACACUGCUAGGAUCUAGGGUAAAGUUCAGUGUUUCAAUCUUUGAUCUUAACACCAAUGGCGGUCCAAGCCUCUCGCUCAGCCACAUCCAAGACCGAGAGAUACGUCGACAACAAGCGCAAGGACGAUAUCCGUCAAGCCAACAUCGUCGCCGCCCGAGCCGUCGCUGAUGCCGUCCGUACCAGCCUCGGCCCCAAAGGCAUGGACAAGAUGAUCUCCACCGCCUCCGGCGAGGUCAUCAUCACCAACGACGGCGCCACCAUCCUCAACAAGAUGGAGGUCCUUCAACCCGCCGCCAAGAUGCUCGUGGAGCUCUCCAAGUCUCAGGACAUCGUCGCCGGCGACGGCACCACUACUGUCGUUGUUAUCGCCGGAGCCCUUCUUAAACAAGCCCUCUCUCUCCUCAACAGCGGCAUUCACCCCACUGUCAUCUCCGAUUCACUCCACAAGGCCUCGCUCAAGGCCGUCGAUGUCCUCACGGCAAUGGCCGUGCCAAUCGAGCUCUCUGAUCGCGAAUCGCUUGUGAAGUCCGCUAGCACUUCGCUCAACAGCAAGGUCGUGAGUCAAUACUCAACGCUUCUAGCUCCUAUUGCUGUUGAUGCGGUUCUCUCAGUUGUAGACCCCUCAAAACCCGAUCUUGUUGACCUGCGUGAUGUCAAGAUCGUGAAGAAGCUUGGAGGGACUGUUGACGACACUGAGCUCGUCAAGGGUUUGGUUUUCGACAAGAAGGUUAGUCACUCUGCUGGUGGUCCAACUCGCGUGGAGAAUGCAAAGAUUGCUGUGAUUCAGUUCCAAAUUUCGCCUCCAAAAACUGAUAUUGAACAAUCUAUAGUUGUUUCUGAUUAUACCCAAAUGGAUCGGAUUCUGAAAGAAGAGAGGAAUUAUAUUCUCAGCAUGAUUAAGAAGGUUAAGGCUACGGGGUGUAAUGUAUUGUUAAUUCAAAAGAGUAUUUUGAGAGAUGCUGUUACCGAUUUGUCAUUGCAUUAUCUUGCAAAGGCAAAGAUUUUGGUGAUUAAGGACGUUGAGCGUGAUGAGAUUGAGUUCAUUACCAAGACAUUGAAUUGCUUGCCUAUUGCGAAUAUAGAGCAUUUCCGUGCAGAGAAGUUGGGUUAUGCAGACUUAGUUGAAGAGGUUUCGAUUGGAGAUGGGAAGAUUGUGAAGAUCACGGGGAUUAAAGAAAUGGGUAGGACCAUGACAGUGCUUGUUCGUGGGUCAAAUCAGUUGGUUCUUGAUGAGGCGGAAAGAAGUUUGCAUGAUGCAUUGUGUGUUGUUAGGUGUCUGGUGAACAAGAGGUUCUUAAUUGCAGGUGGUGGUGCACCGGAGAUUGAGCUGUCCAGACAAUUGGGUGCAUGGGCUAAGGUCUUGCAAGGGAUGGAGAGUUAUUGUGUGAGGUCGUUUGCAGAGGCCCUUGAAGUUAUUCCGUAUACUUUGGCUGAGAAUGCAGGUUUGAACCCAAUUUCUAUUGUGACUGAGCUUCGGAAUCGGCAUGCACAGGGUGAGAUCAAUGCUGGCAUCAAUGUGAGGAAGGGGCAAAUUACUAACAUCUUGGAGGAGAAUGUGGUGCAGCCUCUGUUAGUGAGUACAAGUGCGAUCACAUUGGCUACAGAGUGUGUGCGGAUGAUUUUGAAGAUCGAUGACAUUGUUACAGUGAGGUAGAUUGAUAAGUACAUCACAAUGUUGGAAGUGAAAUGGUCUUGUCUUGUUAUCUUUUUGUGUCUGUGCUGUUAGUGUUUGUUUGUUUUUUUUGUUUUUUUUUUUGGUUUUUGCAAGUGUCUGUGCUGUUAGUAUUAAUGGUCUCUGUCAAAUGGGAUUGAUUAUGUUUAAUGAAUUUUGACUUGAGUA